GGGUGUUGACGCGAAAAUGACGGUCGGCGGCCGAGGCCCCGCGCGGGCCGGGCUCCUGGGCAUUCCCGGGUGCCUGCGGGACCCGAUGCCCGCCCGGGCGCCACAGACCCGGCGCGUUGCCUGUCGCCCCCCGACAGUGUCCCCUCCGCGCACCCGCGGCGCGGGCCCCCUCCUUCCCCAAACACGCGCACACGCGCGCGCAGAUCCCUGCCCCGCCGGGCGGAGAAGGAAGCAGUGGGAAAGGACGGGGGCUGGGGUGGCUGGGGAAGCCCGUCGCCUCCUUCCACUGCGGACCCCAUCCCCGGGGAGCCCUCUGCUGAGACCCACCGGGAGGAGCGCGCUGGGAUCUCACAGAAACUGGACAUUCUCUUUCCACCCACGUCCGUUCCUAUUUGCCACCCGUCUUCUGCGGCUCCUCAGCCAAGAUCUGCCAAACCCCGCAGCCCAGCCGCCCCUUCUGUGCCUCAGGGAGGGAAGGGGAAGCCUCGGCGCGGUGAUAGAGGCUCUGGGCUGCCCAGUGCUCCCUGCUGUGCACCUUUGGGCACGCAGUUUAACCUCUCUGUGCCAUAGAAUUGGUAUGAAGAUGAAAAAUAUUCUAUUUUCUAACAUUUUUAAAUGCUUUAUAUGUGUCAGGUACUAUGUUAAGCAACCUGCUUCCCUUAUUUCAUUUAAUUCUUACGUUAUUCUCAUGAAGUAGGCGUUAUUAUUGUGUCCAUUUUACAGACAAGGAAACUGAGGCCUGAAGUUAAAUAAAUUGCUUACCCAAGAUUACACAGCUAAAUGAAAUAAUAUGUGUGGGAAAGGACUUUGGGAAGAAAAUACGUGUAAGGAUAAUACUUUUACACAUGAUGAUCAUAUUCCAUUACUAAAAUCCUCUGCCAAGAGAACUCUAAAUGGAAUAACUAAAAAUAACUAAUUUACUCACUGCCCCCAGGCUUGCUGAGAGCCAUCCCAGGGUAGAGUCGCAGCAUGAGGCAGGGUUUCUUCCUUAGAAGACGGGCAUACAUAGCACCACCCUACACAAUGACAGCAAAGUGCUGGGUCACUGAGAAGGAGGGUAGGCACCCUGGCUGGGGUGUUCCCUGCCUGCCCAGCUGCCUCACCACCUGUGGGCUCCUGAGGACAACUGGCCCGUCUCCCUGCCACUUUUUUGUUUCCUACUGGCCCUGUUGCUUUCCCCUCUGGAAGGCGGUGUCACAGCCCUACCCAUUGACUUGCGAAGACCCAAGGCGAGAGAUGGGAUGAGGAGGGAGGGCCGGCCCUGGGAUCCCAGCUGGGUGUGUUGAUUCUGGCCUGGUGGAAGUGGAUGUGAGCCCUACCUGGCCGUUUGACCCCCUCCUGGGCAAGUUUCCUCAUCUAUUAGGAGAGGGAGGAGAUGUCCCUGAAUGACGUCUGAUUUCCCUCCAGAUCUGAAAUCUUGCAGUUCUGCGUACUCCCUGAAUCUUCCAUCUCCAGCUGCCUACUGGAGGACUGGAAAAGGCCUUCCUUACACUCCAGGGAGUUGCCUGGGGUUUCCUGUCGACCCACCUCUGCCCUCUCUCCCUCCCCACAGGCUUCCCUAGGCCUCUGAGGCAGGCCAGCUGUGGAGCUGCUUUCAGAGAGAGGCGCUAGGGCCACAGCCAGCUGGAGUAGAGUCCUGGCAUCUCCCUGAUGGUCUGAUCUUUGACAGUGGCCGUGGAAGAGCCAAAACUGCUUGGUAGUGGUGGUGGAUGAUGGUGGCAGGGAGAGUUGCCAAGCCUGGGCCCCCCACCUUCCCCACCAUGAGUGGGUUCCCAGAGGGUCUGUGGCCAGUCAGCCUUCUUCCUCUUUUGGCGAGAGAACCACUUUCCCCAACCAGAUGCUUCUCCUUCCUGUGCACAUUUGGGGUGCUGGCGCUGUGGGUCCUGGUGAUGCACGUGAUGUACAUGCAGGAUUACUGGAGGACCUGGCUCAAGGGGCUGCGCGGCUUCUUCUUCGUGGGUGUCCUCUUCUCGGCUGUCUCCAUUGCUGCCUUCUGCACCUUCCUCGUGCUGGCCAUCACCCGGCACCAGAGCCUCACAGACCCCACCAGCUACUACCUCUCCAGCGUCUGGAGCUUCAUUUCCUUCAAGUGGGCCUUCCUGCUCAGCCUACAUGCCCACCGCUACCGGGCCGACUUCGCCGACAUCAGCAUCCUCAGCGACUUCUGACCCAGGGGGUGAGGGCUCUGCACCCUGGGGGCCUUAGGACCUGGACUCAGCCUCUGAGACGUUGGGAAGGGCUACUCCCACCCUCUAGGGGCCCCAGAACUGUGGCAGAAAAUACACAGCAGGACCAACGUGGUCUUCCAGGAAGCUGUCCCCCCCACCCCCUUUGGGGGAGACCUGGGUGUGGGAGAGAGGGGAUCCUGCCAUGUUGCUCCUCAUCGGCCUGGACAGAAGGCAGCUCUAGACCUUUUCAAAUGGAUCUGUUUUCUUUUUUUUGAGAUGGAGUCUCACUCUGCCAUCCAGGCUGGAGUGCAGCAGUGCACUCUCAGCAUCUCGGCUCACUGCAACCUCCGCCUUCCGGGUUCAAGCAGUUCUCCUGUCUCAGCCUCCCGAGUAGUGGGAUUACAAGCACCCACCACUAUGCCUGGCUACAUUUUGUAUUUUUAGUAGAGAUGGGGUUUCGCCAUGUUGGCCAGGCUGGCCUUGAACUCCUGACCUCAGGUGAUCCACCUGCCUCAGCCUCCCAGAGUGCUGGGAUUAUAGGCGUGAGCCACUGUGCCCGGCCUGGAUCUAUUUUCUUAGCAGGCAGUGAGGAAUCUUUGUAGGUAAGUCCAGGGCAACAAAAUCAAGAGGUCAAGGGGUAGGGCCAUGAGGCCUGGACCUAUGCUGCAGGCAGGGGCUUUCGUCCCUGCUGCCCUAGGCACUCUCUCCCCAAGGCAAGGGUGGGGACCUGGGGAGGUCAGGUCAGGAAUCUCUAGCAGAGACCACUCAAGCCCCCAUCCCAGCACUGCUCCGAGCUGGUCUCCCAUGAGUGUGCUAGAGCCAGAUAGCCAUGGCCCCCACACCUCUCUCACUCACACACACAGGCAUCCACACACCCCAGAGAAGGACUUCUCAAAUGAGGCCAGACUCAGGGUCACAGGGAAUGUGCUCCUACCCCUGGAAGGGCUUUGGGGAAGGGGGCAACAUGGUAGAGGCUAGAAGGAGCCCCCAAACCUGUGCCCAUGCCCCUCCAGCCCCACGUUUCCACUCAGCCUUCUCAGAGUACCCUCACUGCACCCAGACCACCGGCCAGGAGCCCUUUCCCACUCCAGCCCCUCCACUGCCCUUCAACUAGAGCUUUCACCUUUUUACAUCUCUCUUAUGAAGGACACAAAUCUGCUUUUCUGCCCAUACACUGGCCCAAGGGCUGACCUCACUCAGGAGGGAAGGGGCAGUUGUCACAAGGAUGAUUUGAUGUUAGGCUGCCAUUUUGCACGGUCUCCCCCUUCCCACCUGAUGUGUCCUGCCCCUCAGCUCUUUGCCUUAUCUGUGUCACUGUCACUUUAGCAAAAAUACAGCGGCCAUUUGUAUCAGA